CUAGGUGCGUUUGUGAGAGCAGCGAGCAGUUCCGUUUAAUCCGUUGGAGUGUACAGUUGUACAUUGCUCUUUUUCUCUCUUGAGUCUCAGAUCAACACGGCCCUGCCCUCCAGCACUAUCAGCAGCAGCAUUGUACCCAUCAGGUACCUACCUUCCUGCCAGACGGAGAAAAGAUCUGUAAAACGGGUUCCUCAUCUCAGAGCAAGUGUGUUUGAUAACCUGUCAUACCCGACUGCUGGAACGAUGGCGAGCAGAAGUGAAGUGCCAAGAGACACUGAGGAAGAAGAGCCUCAUCUGACUCAUUCUUUUGAGUGGAGUUACAUGAAGAAUGUCUCUACCCAUACCUGCAAUCAAGUGCAAAAUUUGAGGGCUGCCUGAUGAAAAGUCAAAAGUUCAAAGCAGUUGUAGAAAAGCAGAAGGACAAAGAGCUUGUUAUUGUAAGAAAUGGGAAAGCGAUAGCUUCACACUUUCCGUGCAGAGUAAUUAAAAAUGAACGUCUGACUCUGAAGUUUGUCAAAGCUGUGGAGAAGCCAAAGAAACCAGUUAGUGGCUCUGGUUAUCCCUGCAAAAAGAGACAAUCUAGCAAACUUGUGAUAUUUCAUGUCAUGGCACGAGGAGGUAAAAAUGUUGUCAGAAUCCUGAAAAAUCCAGAACUAAGAAAAGUCAUGCAGGAAAUUACAGUUUAUGCAUAUGAAGGGGAAAAAGUGAAGCAAGCUCUACAAAGAGAUGGUCGUUUUCUCAAUACCAUGUUCAAAAAGAAUUGUGUGCUCUCUAACAUAAGCACUGAGGUUGAAACGGAGAUGUGCAGUUUGGUCGACGACCUUGAUGGUGAGACUUUCAAGAUCAUAUUGCUCGACAACUCCAAUCCACCAGCAAGUCAGCCUAGCAGUCUUGAUGACGCUUAUGUGCUGCAGAGUGAAUCUCAGACAAGUGAUUCUGGUGGCAAUGAGGCGCUUUCACAGCAGACUGACCCAGUCAAGUCAGAGACCGACAACACAAUAGGGAAAAAAACGGAUCUCUGGAAAUAUGGCUCCAGGAAACCAACUGUCUGAUUCAAAAAAGCUGCAAGUUAAUUUGUCUGCACGGUUUAACAUUUUGGUAAAAAGCAAGAAAGCUCAAGUUCCUAAGCUUUCUCGCAUCCAGAAUAUUUUCCGUCAGGAGUUUGGGAGCAGUGCUAAAAGAUGUCAAGAUGUGAAAACAAUGAAGAAGCUCAUGGAACUCAGUAAUUCUGUUUGUCAAGUGAGAAUAAAUGGGAAACCACGUGGUAGUGGUUUCCUCCUGUUUGGCAAUUUUAUCCUCACAAAUGCCCAUGUUAUCCAAGCCUUCUGUAAUGAUAACGGUGGGCUUAACGAGCAGGUUGCUGUGACUUUCUCUUUUGAAAGUUUGGAGGAGAAAGAUGGCCUGAUAGAUGUGGAAGAGGUUGUUGGUAUUGAAUAUAUUCCGGAAGUGUCAGGGACUGACUGGGCUUUGUUAAAGCUCAGUGCUGAUCAGAAGUUGCCUGAUCGUCUCUUAAAACGCAGUGGAUUCGUUCGCCACAGUGGUGGAAUUUGUAUUAUUGGAUAUCCAGGUGAAAGUGUAAAAAAAAUUGAUGUCUGUUUGGUUGUUUCACAAGAAAACCGUAGUCUGGUUGCCGAGAGGCACCGCAAAGACAAUCAAGACUGUGUUCAACUUCUUAAUGAUCGUUUCUUCCAAAAUGUUGCAGAUGUUGUUCAACAGCGCAAACAACUUCUGACUUACGAGUCUUGUUUAUAUGAUGGCUCCUCUGGCUCUCCUGUCUUUAACGAGGAUGGCAAUGUUGUUGCAAUGCACUCAGGAGGGUAUCUAUACAAUGAUGCAAAGGGUCAAAGGCACAGUGUCAUAGAGUUUGGGUAUCCUUUUAUCAACAUAAUUGAACGCAUCAUUAUUCAGAUGGUGGAGAGAGAAAAGUUUGAUGUGUUGAAGGAAUGCCUCGCUUGCACAUGCGAUCGACAGCAAGACUUUUUGGAUGGUGUGAAAAAGCUCGUUGAGAGCAGAAAUCUCACCAAGUUUAAAGAUGUAGUCAACAGUUCAGUGGCUGUAGAUGAGAUUUUGAAGGCUUUCUUUGAAUUCUUCUCUCGGAGAGAGCAGCCAGAGCCCAUGGAUAUUAACUGAGUGCACAGAAGGUUAACUGCAGACAGAAGAUAA